GCAUGCUCGUGUUAGUGGUGCUAGUGUGCGUGAAACAUUCAGUGCUAUGGUUCGCAAAGUGAAUUUAAUUUAAUUUUAUUUCGUUUUCAAUGCUCGUUCAGAAGUGAUCUCUCGCCGCACUCUAAAGCCGGGAAGUCGUGAAAUUGCGUGAAGACGUGAAAGUGCCACAGUGAGUGAAAUGGCAGUGUAUUUUAUUGCUAAAAAUCGACUGGUUAAAGCUGCAAGUUUCCAGACAAUUCCCAAUAAAUGGUCACCACGAUGGACGGCAAUUGUGCGUCGAUCGUCGACGAAGCAGCCGGCGCAACCGUCGGAUGGCGGCGGCGGCGGAGGUGGCGGGACGCGUGGAAAAGGUAAAUUGAGUAAAAUUAAAAGGAAGCUCCACAGAGGUUGGAGCUGGAAAGCGGGAGCAGGUUGGACAAUUUUGUCAGUGUUGGAUUGGUGGUUGUUAGCAGCUGGGGGUUGGAUGACAUGGCACGGAGUUCUCCUACGUUGGACGCCGAUCGGACUCUGCCUCGCGGCGGCCAUUCAGUGGCAUCUUCACAAUAAGGAACUAGCCAGGAGAGGAUUGCAUCGAACAGCGUCCCAAUGGCAGACGAACGUUUAUUGUUGCCUGCCGCUGAGGAUCUUCAGCCGAUGCUGGGGUUGGAUGGCAGAACGUAGAAUCCCCAUUCCUCUUCGACCCACCAUUUAUGGAGCCUACUCCACGACUUUUGGCGUUAACAUUGAUGAAGCGGAAGUGUCAGAUUUCAAGAACUACCGCAGUUUAUCGGAGUUCUUCACGCGUUCGCUCAAGCCUGAAUGCCGAAGUGUUGAUGCAAAAGCUUGCAUUGUAUCACCAGCUGAUGGCAAGGUGUUGUACUUUGGAUCAGCCACUGAUGCGCAGAUUGAGCAGGUGAAGGGGGUGUCGUAUAGUUUAGAGGCCUUCCUUGGACCACCCACGUGGCAGCAGGAGGGACAUGCACGGGGGUUCCCGGAAUGCUGCAAACACCGUCCAAGUGCUCAGGAUAGUGCAUUGUAUCAAUGUAUAAUAUACUUAGCACCUGGCGACUAUCAUCGCUUCCAUUCUCCCACAACGUGGAAACCGGAAGUGAGGCGACACUUUGCGGGGGAGUUGCUCUCAGUUAGCCCCAAAAUUGCUCAAUGGCUGCCGGGGUUGUUCUGCCUCAAUGAACGUGCUCUCUACAUUGGUCGGUGGCAGCAUGGAUUUUUUUCCUUCACAGCUGUUGGAGCGACAAAUGUGGGAUCUGUGCAGAUUUAUUUGGAUGAGAAGCUAAAGACAAAUCGGUGGAUUGGCCUUGAAGUUGGUACCCACAAGGGCAAUGACUUUGACGAGCUACUCCUACCGGAAGACACAACCCUGCAAAAGGGUCAAUUAUUGGGGCAAUUCAAUAUGGGUAGCACAAUCGUACUCAUCUUCGAGGCACCCAAGAAUUUUGCAUUUUCCAUCCAGCCAGGACAGAAGAUACGCGUGGGUGAACGGCUGGGAUGUCUGGAGGAGGAGAAUCAUCCAGCAGCACCAGCUUCGUGAUAGUGGGUGGUGCGCGCGUGUCCGGAAAUACGAGAGUACAAUGAUUUGCCGACGUUUAGUCAGAAGAAAAUCAGGGAGAUUUUCUUCAAUUUGCAGAGAAAGAUUUGCAUUAAAGUAGCUACUAAGUAGGUUCUAAAUAAUGUGAAUUUAUUAAGUUUAGAAUGACACAAUGUGAAAGCCCCGUGUAAAGCUUUAUAUAGAGAUUUUCCAAGAAAAGAAUAAUAAAAAAAAAUGUUAAAAAAAAACGUUUAAAUUAUUUUUCCUUAAUUUUUGGUUUAAUUUAAAUCAUUCUACAUUAAAAGCAGCUAAAUAUUAA